CAAAACGAAACUCAAAUUCGAUUAACGUGUAGAUUUUUUUAAUUUUCUGUAUUGUGAGACCGAGUAACGUUAACAUUUGGGUGUGAUAAGAUUAAUAUAAUGGAGUUUAAUACAGAUAGCGGGUUUUGCCCUCACUGUGGCUCUAUUUUGCCAUUACCAGUCAAUCCGAUGGACACCCACAUAUCAUGCAGAUGUGGAUACCAAACGCUUAGCGCUAAUUGCAAUAACAUGAUCAUUUCAAGCGCAGAAUUUACAUUCAACGAAGUUAAAAAGAAGAAAAGUAAAAAGUCAACCGCGGCCAAAGGAAUGACAGGGCCCACUAUUGAACGAAUUUGCGUUAAAUGCGGUCACAACCAAAUGACAUACAAGACACAACAAAUGCGUUCAGCAGACGAAGGAAUGUCUAUAUUUUAUUACUGUAAAAAGUGUGGCUCUAUGGAAAAAGAAGAUUCAUAAACAUUUCAGCUAAACUUUAAACUCAUUUGUGUUCUUUUAUGUUUUUAAAAUUUUAAUAUUCAAAAAAAUAUUCAAAACUAAUCAAAUAACUGUUUUAUGGUAAAUAUUUGCAAAGCAUAUUUUAAUAGCUGCAACAAUUCAACUUAUAGUCGAGUAACUUUGGAAAUAGCUGUUGUAUCCAAAUAUGGCUUUCAACCUUUCACAUCACCGUCACAUGUCUCUUCAAAUUAAGAUACGUUAUUUGACAGAUUCACACAUUCCUCUUCUUUGCAAUUUUUCUCUGAAGCUUGUGCAAAUGUUCCCGCAUGCAUUUCCCACAUUAUGAAAUGUAUUUGUUUUAAGCAGUGACUUUCUAUUUGUACAAGCACACAUACAUGUAUAGCUCUUGUAUUGGCUAACUAUCUGUUCUCAUCCAAUGUCAGCAAUGAUAGUUGCUCUGGAACCAAAAGAAUUUAUCCCAUGUGGGCAAACAGCAUGCGUGAACCACCCAGGUGUGAUUUGUCUUCAUUUCAAUCAAUCACAAGAAGUUGGGACAAGUUUGCUUGGAACCUUGAGUCAGGUUACUUUAGAUGACAAACCCAAGGGCACAGACUCUUGGAAAUUGCGAGUUUACAAAAAUGUUGAGGAAGAAUUAUAUUUAUCCGGACACACUGUGGUGUGGAGUCGUGGUCAAACUGUUCUCAAAACUUUUACAGUUGAUUCACUCGUUAAACAGGUAGCAUGGGGCUCGUUCUCUGUUAGCGGUGAGGAUCCGUGUCAGUUCGAUCUUCCACAGUCUAAACCUGGCACCUACCCAUCUGUGGAUGGUGUUGCUAUGGUGACUGAUGAUGCAGUACACGUCUUCACUGAUGAUGGAGACAACUUUGUCACUGCUCUGCCAUUCAAAGUUCGAGAUUCAUGGAAUUUCAAGUUCGGCUUGCUCUUUGAGCGGAAGAGAGAGAUGAUGGAGAAGAACAAAGCCAACAUGUCCUCCUUUCAAACAUCUCUCCUUGAAAAUGAUCUUACCACCAUAUUUUGCCUCCAACAUCCUCUCAGAGAGUUUUCUCCAGUGAUCACUAAAACUCAAGGUAGUGUCAGAUACAUGAAUCGACCGCACGAUUCGAUCGUGUUUUGUGAAGAAGACUUCAUACUCACGUGUGACAAGCGUCAUGGUUUGCACACCGUCUGGCGAGCAAGAGCAGUGUCUGCCAACGAUAUUAACUUGCUGCAAUCUUCAAGAGUACCAACGCAAAAUCAGAUGGGCAGUGUGUGCCAUAUGUCUAUGUCAAGUCCGGGACUUUCCCCCUUUAGGGGUAGCUUUCGUGGGUCUCCUGGUUACCAUGGCAACUCACAUGGUGGGAUUCCUCAAUCAGGGAUGAACAAAACCCCGCACACGAAUAGGAACCCCUCGCUUGCCCACCUGUCAUACACUCCCCAUUCAAGUCGCGCCUUCUCACCAAGUGCCACUGGUUCCCUCAUGUAUCAAAACCAUACAUUUUCACCUUUGCGUCACUCACCCCACCUAACAAGGUCCCCAUGUACACCAGUAUCACACGAGUCAUUAUGCCUCAACAACAGCGUGUAUGAGACAGCUGAGCCAUUACAACCAGAGAUAUGCCUUGAUCAUAUGUGGACUGAGACUGUUACUUGUACAAGGGAAGGUCUGAGUGUGGGUUGUGCAACGAAAGUUUUUCUGAUUCGCGACGUGUGUGACCAAUCAUAUCUUGCUUAUCAUCUCGACAGCCAAUCACAGUUGAGAGUUGUCCGAUACAGUCACAGCAACAACUUGACACACCUCAUAUUUGGUGCCGUGGAGUCUAUUCAAGCAAGAGAUGCCGCGCCGCUCAAGGAUUUACGAAUGCACGCCGUGCUUGAUCUUUCUGGUUCCUUGGUUCUCUACACUGGCAUAACGAAGGUUGUAAAAGUCAACUUAAGCGGACUACCCAUGUCAUCACUGGGUUUGUCGCAUGGAUUGCGCAACACUGCCUCUGUGCCCGCCACCCCUCAGCCAAUCAGCACGCCCGCACAUCCAAGUCGACCAACCAGUGCCAUGGCAACCAUGGAAGAUGUGGGUAUGCUCUCCCCUGUACCUGAGCUCGAUUACACAGGAAAUGACAUCAGCAUUUUAACGGGGGAUGAGUUUGCGUUUUCCACCUCUGGUUUCUCGUCACGGCUGGUGGGGCUCCCUCAUGUGGUGGGAUCGACACUAAUCCUUGAGGUUGCCGGGGGCAACAACUAUCGUGCUGAAGUUCCACAACUCUGCAGUUCCGAACUUGUAAACAUGUGCAUGCGAGCUCUUCAGUUUGUGCUCCCCAAUGAUACAUACCUCUCUUACGUCACCAAGUGGUACACCUUUCGCCACGCACCCGGUGCAUUGAACGGCCGUCAUGUGGAGUGGUCUUUGUUUGUUGACUGUUUACAAGAAUUCCUUGGUUAUGUGGGCAUGAGUAGAUGGCAGAUGCGACAAUCUGCCAUACAAGACUCCAUGGAGUUUGAUGUAAGCUCCUCACCAGUUGUUGCAGCCAAGAAGUCCCGACAUAGUGACCUACUUGAUCCUAAGGUAUUGAAAAUUUGAGCAGGUUUUAUUCAUGAAUUUAUUAAUUAAAAAUUUCGU